AUGAAACCUGCAAGCCUCAGGCUGGAACCAUGCCCCGAACCCUAUGGCUACGGCUCAAGCCGCAGGUUCAGAGCUUCAGAUCUUGCAAAAUCCCAUUCCUCGAUAGGUGUGUGCGGCCGGUGCAUGCGUGAUGAGAGUCCUCCCCUUGCAGCGCCGCGGCUCGCUUGGGCUGUCCGCAACCAGGCAGGUCAAGGGGCAGGUCACGGUGUUCAGAAAGAUGCGGCCUCCAUGUAUGUCGAGGGCGUGGUGCCCUUUCCAGGUGACAUGAUCUGUUGCAUCGCCGAGUGGAAAUGUGUCCAGUACGGCCACGGUCUCUAUGACCAGGAUUCCGGCCAAUGCCUCAUUCAAGGAGCUGCAUUAACUCGUGUGGGAUCCUGUGACGACCAGUCAGAAUGCCUUGGUGGCAGAUAUAUCGACGACAAAGGGUUGUGCUACUUCGAGGACAAGUACACCCAAAUCACUCCGGCCAGAUCUCAGUCCGAUUGCUGGGCAAUGGGUGGAAUCUAUACUGGAUGUGGUGGCGGCAAAUGCUUGAAGAAGUGA